AUGGCACAGAAAGCAGCAAAGACGCUGGCAGCUCGAAAUACCUCUCUACUGCUGCGGACACACAUUACGACGGCCUCACUUCAUGCUAUCCUGCUGCUGCUGCACUUCGUCUUCGGUCGUCCGGCGUCUCUGACAAAGUACGCCCUGCUGACGGCUCCUACGCUGGUGAUCGAGUUCUACUUUGAACGGCUGGGACGGCCGCGCUACGAUGCGGCCAACGGCUCGCUGAGGUCGCCGGGAGAAGACCUGGAUGCGCCUGGCUUGACGGAGUACUGCUGGGAUGUGCUCUACUGGACCUGGGGGUGUAUGGGCGCGGCGUGCAUAUUCGGAGACUACGGAUGGUGGUUGUGGGUGGUUGUGCCGCUGUAUUCGAUCUGGCUGGCCUACACGACGUUUAUGGGCGUCAAGUCGGGUCUGCCUGGCGCCGGGAUGGAUGUGGACGAAGGUGCCGGACAGGCUGAGAGCAAGAGGCAGAAGAAACUGGAGAAGAGAGGCCAGAAAGUGAAGUACAGAUAG